CACAGGCGUCAAAAUAUCUCGUGACUCUUGCGUCUGAGAGAGUGUGGUGGACCUAUGUGGACAUAUGCUCUAUCUAUGGUCUUACGCUAAGUAAGAUAGUCAUGGAACCUAGCUAGAAUCUUCGGGAGAAUUUCGCUCUGUUUAGGGGUGAAAUACGCCGUGGAUUGACAGGAGUUGGGCAAUACCAGGAAGCAUGUGGCGGGUACAAGGCAUUGUCGGCAGGGUUCUGUACCGUUGGCACAGCAAUACACCCCUUCGGCUGACACAGAGUCCCCUUCGAGAGGAUGAAGUCAUUAACACUUCUAGCCUCCUGUCCACCAACUUCCACUCUGACAAUAGGGAGGAUGGGGAGGAGAGGAGGAGGAAGCGGACGUCUCAGUUCUACUACACUGGGCUGCCCCGAUACACAGCACUGGAUGCUGUGGGCUUGGGUGCAGCAGCGGUUCUCCUCAUGCAGAUUUGCAAACGGAUCCACUUCCAGUUCACUAAUGUGGGUGAGCAGAACCCCAGGCCAACACAGCACAGAGAACCGGGGCUCAUUCGGAGGUGUAGUUACCGGAUUCUGCUAGACAUCAUUUCUAGACAGCAGGACUUGACAAGGCAUGUUCUGCCUGGUGCACUGAGUCUAAACCGUCAAAGGGGGGCGCUAGAAACACUUGACCAAAGCUCCAGCUCCGGCAGCACAUCCUCUGUGUCCUGUGACCAGCAGGUGGCACUACUGAGCCAAGAGUCAGCACUAUCAGAGGAGUCAUUUGAAGAUGCCAGUGUUCUCUGCAAUGAAGCCAAACCUGAAAAGCAGAAAGAACAGAUUUCACAGGAUUCUCUCCCACCAGAAGAGAAACUGACCGAGGCUACAGAGAACCUAAAACACGUGGCAGACACUAGCGUUCCAGUUAUACUCAAUAUCAUUGGUCUGGAGAGUGCGAAGGCCGGUGAUUACGAGGCUGCGUUCUCCUGUUUCCUGGCCUCUGCUCAGCACCGCUACAGCAAAGCCCAGUUCAACGUUGGCGUCUGCUAUGAGAAGGGCCGAGGAGUCCAGAGGAACCUGAACAAGGCACUGCAGUUCUACAGGCGAGCAGCAGCAGCAGGCCACAGGCAGGCUCAGUACCGCUGUGCCAAACUCCUCCUGAGCAGCAGGAGGCAGCAGCGCGCAGAGGACCUGGACACGGCCAUCACGUUACUGCAGAGCGCCGCCGCCGCCGGCCUCACCGAGGCUCAGCUGUAUCUGGGGGUGCUGUUCUCCCAGGACCCCACCAGAGACGAGGGCAAGGCCGUCCAGUUCCUCCGCAUGGCCGCGCAGAGCGGGGACAGCGCGGGGCUGCUGUACCUGGGUCAGUGCUAUGAGAACGGCGUCGGAGUGAAUCAGUGUCUGAGCACGGCGGUCAACCUGUACAGGCAGUCGACAGCGGCAGGGAACCAGCGGGCCAGGGGUCUACUGACCGCUCUGUGUUCUCGGGAAGAGGACCGUGUUCUGCGUUCGAUCCGGUCCGCUCCCUCCUUCUCGGCGCUGGACGGGAUGACCCUGGGCUCGGUGCUCUCUGAGGUGUUCCAAGAGACGGGCCCGGGUCAACGACAGGUCUCUGAUUGGCCGGUUCAGCCUCUGCCGCACUCGUGGAGCACGGGCAACCUCAGGGUCCCGCCCACUCACCUCUACCCACUCUCAAGUGCUGACAACGCAGCCAGCAAAUGGACCAUAGGAGUGGGAUAAAAUGUACACACACAUAUAUAUAUAUACACACACACACACACACACACAGAUACGCACACAAAAAUCUUAGGCAUUAUGCCUAAUUAUGGCACUAUCAAAACAGUGAACACACACUAGCGCUUUCAUCGCAGUUUGAAACAAGUGCAGAUCGUUGACACAUGCACACCUUACUAUGUAAAUAGAAACUUCUAGCGAAAUAAUACACAGUUCUCAGUAUGUGUACACUUUGUGUUGACAGCAAACACACAUGUCGUGUGUGAAAAGAAUUGGGCUGAAGUUCCCAAGUGUUCCCAAAGCGAAGCUAUUGACCGCACAUGUUUGGUCCUCUCUGUUCCAAAACAAUGGAGUAGGAUUAGUGGUUUAAAGUGGUACUUUUUUGUAUUAUUAUUAAGCAGAUAUAAUCAGAACACUUUGUGAGUUGUGAGUUAUGGAUGAUUGAAGAGUUGUGACUGGGAGUUCAGUGAGUGCAUGUUUAAUAUUUGUCUCCCUACCCAAAGGAAUGUAUGGCCUUUCACCCUGUGUUUAAUGUCAGUCUUUGUGUAUGAAUAAUGUUUGCGUUGAUGGAGCCGAUGCUAAUGUCUUAGAUUUUCUUGCCAGUAUGUAAACAUUAGUUGGGUUGGGAUUAGGGUUUUUUUGGGAGGAUAGACAUGGGCAGCUUUUUGGGUGAGGGUUUCUGUUGUUGUUUUUUUUUUUUUUUUUAAUUCCGUUUUGCCUGCUGUUGCCAUUGAAUGAACUGUCUGAAGUCCCAAAGGUCAAAGUGCCUUGAUCUGUCAUAGUACACACAUGUUCGAACAUGACACUUUAAAACAGAAAGGUUUUAAGUCAUGGAGAAGAAUGUGAAUGAGUGUAUGAGAGCCCUUCAUUUUUGUUUUCUAACCAAGAGCAAAAAAACGCACACAAAAGUUUAUAAAUAAAUAUAUAUUUUUCAUCUCUAA